AACUCAUUAAUCUGUGCUCAGUACGUUUCCAGAAAAUGGUUGGGUUGAUUGUCGAAAUCUGACACGUAUUUCGCUAAAAUCGUAAAUAUUUUUCCAAAAACUUUAUCAUGUGUGCAUUGUGAUAUUCCUUAGGACACAAUUUUAUUAUAUUCAAGAUGGAGUUCCGUGAAACGUUACUAGCUGCUCAGCGUAAUCAACAAGAAAAGUCAUCUGUUAGUAAUUAUUAUUACAAAGCGAAGUUUGAUCCUCCGAAAAAGGAACAAAAAGCAAAAGAUAAACUUUCAGCUAAUAUACAAAAGUUUCUUGCAAAGAAAGAUGAAGAAGAGAGACAAAAGAAAUUGGAGGCACAGAGGAAGAGGGAGGAAUUGCUUGCUAUGCGUGACCCCAAGGCUCUUAGAAAGAUACAAAAAACUCUGAAAGUAAUCAAAUCUGCCAACAAAUCUGUUAUUGCUGAUGCCAUAGACAGAGAAAAUACUGCAGUAACCAGAGAGGGGCCUGACCAACCUGACCAAGAUGAUUAUGGCUACGAAUCACAAGCCGCUGCUGCUAUUUAUGAGAAAAUGAUGCAAAAAUACAGUAAAUUGCCUGAUGAACCAAAAUUUCCCAGCACUAGCAGUUCACAUAAUAAGGAUUUAAAUGGUACCAGGGAAAGGGUUAAGCAUGCUCUUAAACAUGAAGAUGAUCCUGUGCCUCACAAAAGGAGACGUCGCACAGAAAAUGGAGAUCGCGAGUUAAGUCCGCUUCAAAAGUAUGAACCGGAGAAAGAAAAAGAUAAAAAAACCGACAAGCCUAAAAUCCGUAAGCCCGCGCCGCCGCCCAUAGAUUUCAAUCAGCUCCUAAAACUCGCUGAGCAAAAGAAGAGUGAACCAAUAGAUAUUGCUGCGAAGAAGACUGUGGCUGAGCCGGAACCAGAUAGGCUGAUGACAAAGAAGCAGAAGAGGGAAUAUGAAGAGGAAAUGGCGAGACGGCAACGGAGACAAGAACGUAUUGAUGCUGAAAAAGCUGGGGGGCGGAAAGUUUCCAAAGAGGAAAGGCCAGCAGAGAAGGAAUACAAAUCGGAGACAACUGGUGGCUUUAAAAGGAUACCAAAAAUCGGUGAGAAAUCAUCGGCGUCGUCAUCAAAUCUCAAGAAUGAUUAUCCAAAACAUAACGACAGAGAGAAAAUUUCAACAGACCGGGAAAGAGCUGAGCGAUUGCAGAGAGAAAAAGAAAGAGCUAGGUUAGAACGAGACAAAAUUGAACGGGAAAAAGAAAGAAUUGAUAAAGAAAGACUGGACAAAUUAAAGGCAGAGAGAGAACGAAUUGAUAGAGAAAUGGAAAGACUUAACAAAGACCGAGAAAGAUUGGAUAAGUCGAAAGCGAAAUUGGAGAGUAUUUCGUCAGAAAAGGGAAGACUUGAUAGAAUGGAUAAAAGUAAACUUAACAAAGAGCUUUCUAUAAAACAAGAAGCAAAGAAAAGUAUAGACUUAAAGAGCCAAAACACAUACAGGAUAGACAAAAACUCAAAUGAGAGAAAAGUACUACCACAAAAACCUGAGAGUAAACUAACAAAUGGUCACAGUUCACAAACUAAACCAGUGCCAAAACUUAGUAAGGAAUGCUUAGAUAGAAACGGUAUGAAGGAAAGAAUGGCUUUAGCGAAACAGAGAGCUUUAGAUGUUAGUCCUAAGGUUAACGGUCAAGUGAGGCCUGAAAACGGUAAGCGAUUAGAACCUGGAAAACCUAUACCUAGAAAAGUAGAUGAUAAAAAACCUAUGCAAGGUUCUGCUAAACAGAGUGGACCGAGUAAGCCUGUGAUAUCAAAUAGUUUCGACUUCGAUAAACAUGUUAAUUCUUUGGGUAAAAACGGACAUAAGAAAUUACCACCUGGUGACAAGAGGAGGCCAAAUCCAAGUGAUAUAAGAAGAAAGCAAAAAUCUCGUACGCUAGAUUCGGAUUCUGAGUACGAUUCCGAGAUGGACGAUUUCAUCGACGAUGGCGACGAGAAUCUGGAUUAUUCAUCUGCUAUCAAAGAAAUAUUUGGUUACGAUAAAUCAAGGUAUCGAGACAUGGACGAUGAUGACGAUCCCACGAUGGAGUCCAGUUUCGCGCGGCAACAACGCGAAGAAUAUAUUAGUAAGAAAAUAGGUAUAAUGGAGGACUUGGAAGACAUGAGACUUGAAGCGAUGGAGAAGAAGAAGAAAGGUAAAAGAAGGAUAUCUGAUGAUUGACGACCAAACUGCUUACACGGAUAACAUUGGACCAACCGAAAAUUGUUGUGUUGUGUGUACUGAUUGUUGUGCUUAAAUUGUAUAUGUACUUGAAUAUGUGAUUAAAAAAUACUUGCUAAAUAUUACUAGUUAUACCUUUGAGCAAAUUUGUUAAACGUAACAAAAUAAUAUUUUAAUACACAAGAUGAUGUUCCCUCGGUGAUUAAAUUUCUUGCACAAAAACGGCUUGCGCUAUUUUUGCAUACUUGUGGUUUUUAAAAGGAUCAGUGUUUAUUUAAUUUUUUUUAACGACAUAUUGUUUUGCAUUAAUGUGUUCAGAUCUCUUGAUAACCCAUUACAAUUAAUAUUUAUCUUAUUGGAUGAAAAUGAACGGCAAUAAAUAAUAGUUCGUUAUUAUUUUGCGUUUUUUGGCACUGUGUUACUAUUUUUAGGAUAUUUUUUAAUAUAGAAUUAGAUUAAUUUAAGAUAUCACAGGUGUUUUCAUUUUCAAUCAACUAAUAUAGAUUAUAUUACAAAUUAACUUACCUAUGUUGAAAUAUAUAAAUGUAUAUAUUAUAUUGUACUAAUAAGUAUAAAUAUUGUACAUCACAUUUUUUUUUUUGUUUUGAUAGCAUUGCUUGCAGUUACGAACCUUUUUUUCUGUUUAUUCUGCGAUACGUUACUUUUUUUUUAGAAUAAUUAAAUAAGUAUCAAUUUGGGUUUCUUUAUAUGGUUAAACAUUUAAUUUAAUGAAAAGCUAAUUGUUUUUUA